GUGAGGCCGCUGGGCCAGGGGACGCGGACGGCGAGUUGCGAGAGGCGAGGGCACCGCGGAGCCCCGGCGGCCGGCCCCGGCCAUGAGCAACAGCCAGCAGCAGCCCCCGCCGCCGCGGAGGGUCUGCAACGUGGGCUCGCUGCUCCUCACCCCGCAGGAGAACGAGAGCCUCUUCGGCUUCCUGGGCAAGAAAUGCGUGACAAUGUCUUCAGCAGUUGUCCAGAUAUAUGCAGCUGAUCGCAAUGCCAUGUGGUCAAAAAAAUGCUGUGGAGUAGCCUGCCUUGUAAAAGACAAUCCACAAAGGUCUUAUUUUAUCAGAAUAUUUGACAUCAAGGAUGGGAAACUAUUGUGGGAGCAGGAAUUGUACAAUAAUUUUGUAUAUAAUAGUCCUAAAGGAUAUUUUCAUACCUUUGCUGGAGAUACAUGUCAGGUUGGUCUUAAUUUUGCUAAUGAAGAAGAAGCUAAAAAAUUCCGGAAAACAGUAACUGAUUUGCUUGGACGACGGCAAAGAAAAUCUGAAAAAAGACGGGACCCACCAAAUGGUCCAAGUCUACCAAUGGCAACUGUUGAUAUCAAAAAUCCAGAAAUUACAACUAACAGAUUUUAUAAUUCACAAGUCAACAAUAUUUCAUAUACCAAAGAGAUCAAGAAAAAAGGAAAAGUGAAAAAGAAGAAAUUGACAAAGGCAGAUAUUGGAACUCCAAGCAACUUCCAACACAUUGGACACGUCGGUUGGGAUCCAAACACAGGUUUUGAUGUGAACAACUUGGACCCGGAACUGAAAAAACUAUUUGAUCUGUGUGGAAUUUCAGAGGCUCAAUUAAAAGACAAAGAAACAUCGAAGGUGAUAUAUGAUUUCAUUGAAAAAACAGGAGGAGUAGAAGCUGUUAAAAAUGAGCUGCGUAGGCAAGCUCCACCACCGCCACCACCAUCCAGAGGAGGACCCCCUCCACCACCACCACCACCUCCACAUAGCUCAGGUCCUCCUCCUCCUCCUGCAAGGGGAAGAGGAGCCCCACCACCUCCUCCUUCAAGAGCUCCCACAGCAGCGCCUCCACCCCCACCUCCAUCUAGACCAGGUGCAGCAAUGCCCCCUCCUCCUCCAAACAGGAUGUAUCCUCCUCCACCUCCAGUGCACUCAUCAUCUGCACCGUCUGGCCCACCUCCACCGCCUCCACCACCAGCAAGUGGAUCAGGUGUACCUCCCCCUCCUCCUCCACCACCUCCCCCUCCUGGUCCUCCUCCACCACCUGGCUUCACUUCAGAGGUUGAUAACCAAUUUCCAGCUCCUGCAGGAAACAAAGCAGCACUCUUAGAUCAAAUCAGAGAAGGGGCCCAGUUAAAGAAAGUAGAACAGAACAGUCGACCUGUAUCCAGCUCAGGAAGAGAUGCACUCUUAGACCAGAUACGACAGGGUAUACAGUUGAAGUCAGUAUCUGAUGGCCAAGAGCCUGUGCCACCCACAGCUGCACCCACCUCAGGAAUUGUGGGUGCAUUAAUGGAGGUUAUGCAGAAAAGGAGCAAAGCCAUUCAUUCUUCAGAUGAAGAUGAGGAUGAAGAUGAUGAAGAAGACUUUGAGGAUGACGACGAAUGGGAGGAUUGAUCAAUAUAUUAUAUUAUUAUUAUAUAUAUAUAUAUUUUUUAAGGUGAAUGAAAUACUACUAAACACUACUUUCUGUCUAUGGAUUCUGUAAAAUUAUCAUGUAAAUGUUCUACCAAUUUGCUGUAUAUUUUUGUUGCCUUUUGCUUUUUUAUUAAUCUGUGCAAUACCUCAUUUAAUCUGUAAAGGUUUGUCAUAAUCCUCUACAAAGGAUUACUCCCUUUUAAUGUGUGCAAGUUUACAUCUGGAUGCUCAGUGUACAUGUGAAUACUUUCCAUUCCAUCAAUAAGGGAGUUUAAAUGUAAUAUGUGAGACUGACAAAAACCUUAAUGUAAUUUAGUUAUAAUGCAAGAAGGAAAACACUAUUUUCAUACCCUACUUUUCUGUAUCUAAAUUUUCUUAUUAAAAACUAGUAUAGUACUACAUUCUUUAAGUGAUGCAGCUCUUAGUUUAUUUAGCCCCUUCAUUUCAAAUACAAUGCUACAUGAAUGUUGAGGCUGAUUAUAAUAUUGUACGGUUUUCAAUACAUCACAAAAUUGCAGUUGUUUGAAUCUUUGCAGUAUGCUUUUCGUAAAACUACAAAAAUACACAGCUAGUUAUGAAAAUUAAUAACUUACCAUUAUACUGUAGCAAUAUCGUCUGCUAUUGGAUAGCAGUGAUAUUUGAAGGCUUUAAUUAGGGAACUCUCUGCCUGAGAUUAAACAGGAUGGCUUUUUACUAUAGCAAUGGUGAAGGCAUCUUUGAUGCAAACCAGUUUAGUCCUGUUGUCUUUCAGAAUGAGGAAGAGCCUAAAUUGCUGGGGUUAUACUGUAAUCUGGCUGUUGCUACAGUCAUUUGAUUUUUUUUAAAUCAAUUUUACGUAUUUGGGGCUGAAGGGCUGCGUUUAAUGCUUGCUUCAAUAAUGUUGGGUUUAAAUUCAUUUUAAAAUGUGUAGGGCACUGGUAUACUAAUAAAGUAAACUUACGUGGUGUUACUUUGCAGUCUUUAUGGGUUAUGGUAAUACCAAACACUAAGACACCAGUCCUACACUUAAAAAAAAAAAAAAAAAAAAAAAAAAGCAUAUAAA